ACCAUUUCAAAGCCAGACAUGUGUGCAAACGGGACAGCUCUAUAUGAGCAUAUUGUGUCUCGUGUGUGUGUGACGCUCUCUCUCCCUCUCUCUGUAUGUCUGUCUGUCAUUUUCGAAUUUCGAAAGUUGUCUCGCCGCUCUUUUCGACUAGUGCUGUUCGCGCUGUUGCCGUGAGUGCCAAAACGGCGGCAAAGUAACUGACACACACACACAAAAAAAAAAAAAAAAAAAAAAAGAACACGCACAGAUACGAAAAAACAAAAAGAAAAAUAAAGGCCAAGCCAAAGCGUAAUAGAAAAAACCCAAAGAAGAAGCAACAGCAGCUGCAGCAGCAGCAGCGUGUGUGUGUUCUCGCUGUUUGGCAGAGCAGAGCGACGACCCGACCAAUAAAAUAACCAACUACUGAAAGUUAAACUAUACAACAAACAAAUAAAUAAAUCAACAAUAACAUUGCAGCAGCUGCGAACAUAGAAAUUGGCCAGCAAAAUGCCAACUGAACUGAAUGCGAAACAGCAGAAAUAUUAAACUGACAUCUGGAGGAGCCGCGCCAAGACACCGGCAAGUGGUGUUGACAACAAUUUGCUGAGCAUGCAACGGAAACAAAAGCCAACAGCAGCCGUCGAAGAAGCAGCAGCAGCAGCAGCAAUAGCAGCAGCAGCAAUAGCCGUCAAAAGAUUAAAGCAGAUCCCCAGCAAUUGUAGCAGGAACAGGAACAGGAACAGCAGUAGCAGUAGCAGUAGCAGAAGCAGUAGCAGUAGCAGAAGCAAUAGGGGGAGCAGAGGUUGCUGCACACGCAACACACGCAGAAGGAGCUGCGAUCGAGCAGUGCAUCGUUGGCUGCUUUGAGCAGCGGGGCGUACAAAACAGGACGCGAGAGCAGGACGAGACGGCCCCGGGCGUGUGUGCGUUGUGGUGUGUGUGCGUCGGCCGUCUCAGUCAACUUGAGGAGAGUAACAAUAACAAUAGCAGCACAAAAAGCUGAUUGAUUUAAUUCAUUAAACAAGCAGCAGCAGCAGCAGCAAAAACAUAAGAAUAACAAUGUCAUCCAACGAACCACCGCCACGUUAUGAGCCCGCUGUGGAGCCCAUCAAUGGUAUUGUACAGCCACCGGUUGUGCCGCCGCAGGAGCGACCGGGACGCAAUACAAAUCAAUUGCAAUAUUUGAUUAAAACCGUGAUGAAGGUCAUAUGGAAGCAUCAUUUCUCUUGGCCAUUUCAACAGCCCGUCGAUGCCAAGAAACUGAACCUGCCCGACUAUCAUAAGAUUAUCAAACAGCCAAUGGACAUGGGUACGAUCAAGAAGCGAUUGGAGAACAAUUACUAUUGGUCGGCCAAGGAGGCCAUACACGAUUUUAAUACAAUGUUCACCAAUUGUUAUGUAUACAAUAAGCCCGGCGAGGAUGUUGUUGUUAUGGCCCAAACGCUUGAGAAGGUAUUUCUACAGAAGAUCGAAUCGAUGCCCAAGGAGGAGCUCGAACUGGAGCCCGUUACGGCAAAGGGUGGCAAAAAGAAACAGCGUGCACCGACCACACCCAAAGCGACCAGCAGCAGCAGCGCCGGCGGCGGCGCCGGUGUUGGCAGCAGCAAUGCAACAACAGCCUCAGCGACAAGUACACCAACAGCUGGCGGCAAGGCGGCACAAUCCUCACAGCUGCCGACGACCAUGGGCCUGCCACAAUCAGCGUCAGCGGUAUCAACGCCAACAUCAGCGGCAGCCCAAGCACAAGCAGCAGCAGCAGCAGCAGCGGCGGCAGCAGCAGCGGCAGCAGCAGCAGCGGCAGCAAACGCCCGACCAGUUUCCGCCAUGGGCGGUACGGUUUCAUCAACGGCCGGCGGAGGCGUUACACCGUCCAUACCACCGAUUAGCACAAUGCCACCGCAUACGGUGCCGGGCAGCACGAAUACAACGACCACUGCAAUGGCAGCGGCAGCGGCGGCGGCGGCGGCGGGUGGUGGGCCCGGCGCAACAAAUGCGGCUGCACUAAAUGCGGCAAUGGCCAGCCUUUUAAAUCCUGCGCAAAGCGGCGCCGCCAGCUAUGGUGUUGGCGGCCAACAGACCUCGCUCAACAACAGCUCCCUGCUCGACGGCAAUGCGGCGGCAGCGGCGGUUGCCCAAGCCCAAGCGGCAGCGGCCGCCGCUGUGGCAGCUGCCGCCCUAGACGGCACUGGCGGCGGCGUAACAAUACCAACGGCUGCCGUUAACGCCGCCAAUGCGGUCCAGGCCUAUGUGAACAGCACGGCGGGCGUCGGUGUUGUCGAUGCUGUCAUACCACCACAGCAGCCGGCCAAAAUGAAGAAGGGCGUCAAACGGAAGGCGGACACGACAACGCCAACGGCGAACGCAUUCGAAUCGCCCUACGCCCAAAUGGACUCCAAAGCGGCCAAAAUAGCGACGCGGCGGGAAUCGAAUCGUCAGGUAAUUGGCAAAAAGGAUCUUACAUUCCAGGGCUCGGGCUAUCCAAUGUCACCAUUGGGUGUCGCUGGUGUGCCUGGUCUGGUUGCCGGCGGCGCCGUUGGUGGCGUACCGGGUGCCAAGUCCAAGGAGAAACUAUCGGAUGCACUGAAGUCAUGCAAUGAGAUACUCAAGGAGCUGUUCUCAAAGAAGCACUCCGGCUAUGCCUGGCCCUUCUACAAACCGGUGGACGCUGAACUGUUGGGCCUGCACGACUAUCACGAUAUCAUUAAGAAGCCAAUGGAUCUGGGCACCGUUAAGCGUAAAAUGGACAAUCGCGAAUAUAAGAGCGCGCCGGAAUUUGCGGCCGAUGUUCGAUUAAUAUUCACCAACUGCUACAAAUACAAUCCGCCAGAUCAUGAUGUUGUCGCCAUGGGCCGUAAGCUUCAGGAUGUCUUCGAGAUGCGCUACGCGAAUAUACCCGACGAGCCCGUUGCGAAUGCGGCCCAUCAUCAUCAUCAUGGAUAUUCGAGUACAUCCAAGCACGAUGCAAGCGAUUCAUCUAGCGAGGAUUCCAGCGAUACCGAAAACGAGUCCAAUUCGGAUGAGGAGCGUAGCGCCAAGCUUAAAAUGCUCGAAUCAAAGCUGUUGGGCCUCCAGGAGGAGAUACGCAAGCUCGUCGAGGAGGCGUCCGCCAAAAAGAAGGCCAAGAAAAAACUCAAAGAAAAGAAAAAGUCACUCGGACCGAGCAGCGGCAGCGGCGCCGGCGGCGCCUCCGGUGCCGGUGGCGGCGGCGGUGCCCAUCAUCAGCAGCACGCGGCCAGCGCCAGCAAUGCCACACACGGCGGCGUCACAUUGCCCGCCAAUGUGGCCGCACUCAAUGCUGGCGGCGCAGCCAGCGCCAAUUUGUCGGCGCUGUUGAGCGGCUCGCUGGUGGGCGCCGGUGCUGCCGGUGUCGCUGGCGGCGUGCCCGGCGCGGCGACGCUACAGCAUGUCCACGACAUGGCCCUGGCGAUGAGGCAGCUGACGGACAGCGGAGCCGCCGCUGGAGCGGGCUAUGCAGCCGGUGUCAAUGCAGCGGGCAUUCCAGCUGGUGGUGGCAAGGCGGCAGCCGGUGCAUUGGCUGGCGCUUUGGCAGCCGGUGCGGCUGCCGGAGCCGGCGGUGCUGGCGGCGGCGGUGGCAGUGGCAGUAAAGGUGCUAAGGUCAAGGGACAGCGCGGCGCCAAGGGCGGCGCGGGCAUUGCUGCCGGUGGUGCAGCAGGCGGUACGGCUGCUGGUGCAGCCGGUCUGGGUCCAGGUGGUGCUGCCUCCGGUGGCGGUGGAGCCGGUGGUGGCGGCGGCGGCGGUGGCGGUGGCAGCGGUGCCACCAAUGCGAAACGCACCAAGGGCAGCAGCAAUGCCGGCGCUGGAGCUGGAGCUGCUGGUGCCAAUGCCGGCGGUGGUGCCGCUGCUCGCGGCAGCAGCAAAAAGAAGCCCAGCCAGGUGAUGAACUUCGAUUCCGAGGAGGAGGACACCGCCAAGCCCAUGUCUUACGAUGAAAAGCGACAGCUCUCCCUUGACAUUAACAAAUUGCCAGGCGAUAAACUGGGACGUGUGGUUCAUAUUAUACAAAAUCGGGAGCCAUCGCUGCGCGACUCGAAUCCGGAUGAGAUUGAGAUCGAUUUCGAGACGCUGAAGCCGUCGACGCUGCGCGAGCUAGAAAGCUAUGUGGCGUCGUGUUUGCGCAAAAAAACACGUAAGCCAUAUUAUAAAAAGCCUUCCGGUAAAUCAAAGGACGAGCAAAUGGCCGAAAAGAAACAGGAACUGGAGAAACGGUUACAGGAUGUAACUGGCCAAUUGGGCGCUAGCAAGAAAACAGCCAAGAAAGAUGAGACCACGUCCAGCAAAGUGGAGGCUGUGCAGCCAGCGAAUCCUGUGUCGUCUAGUUCAAGUUCCAGCGAUUCAUCGUCCUCGAGUUCGAGUGAUAGCAGUUCGAGUGACUCGAGCGACAGUGAAGCAGGCGAUGCCGACGAUCGGCCACCACGCAAGAAAAAAUCACGUGAUUCAAAUGGAAGCAAUGUAAGUAGCUCCAACGGAAAGUCCUUCAAUAUUUCUUAACUGGGCUUCGGUAUAAAAACCCAUAUGAAAACCAAACCUCUUAACACAAAAUGCAAACAUAAUUCGAUUGUUUGGCAUCUCAUGAGACAUGACAUCUUCAGCACCUCAUUGU